AUGGCACCACCACCACCACCACAACAACCCCCAUCCGGAUCCCAGUCCCAUCAACCAACCAAAACCCUAACCUUCGCCACCCCCCUCCCCCAAUCCACCCGCUCCGACAUCCUCGAAUGGGCCCUCCCCAAGCCCUUCUCGCACUACGUCCUAACCGGCAAAUCGCGCGCAGCCUGGCACACCUCCUUCGUGAUCCCGCAACUCAACCUGCUUCUCGACGCGGGACUGGUCGUCAACAACAACCGGCCCAAACACAUCUUCAUCACGCACGGACACAACGACCACGCCUUGUUAUCUCCGGUGUUCAUCAAGCGCGAGGACCCGCCUGAUUUCCAUUGUCCGGUGGGGAUGAAACAGGUGUUGGAAGACUACUUGAGGGCGAACACGAUGCUCAACUUGGGGGGUUUGAUAGCGCCGAGGCCGGGGAAGGAGGUACCACUGGAGGUGAGGGACGCGGAAACGGGCGAGGUUGUGAAAAGUGAGAUCAGGCCGACGCAUGUGACGUAUGGUCUUGAGCCGGGGGAUGUGGUACCCCUAAGGAGGACGAAGAAUAUCAGCGCUGUGGCUUUUGGGUGCGAUCACACUGUCCCUUGUCUGGGGUAUUUGUUUCAGCAGACGACGCAUAAGCUUAGACCGGAGUUUGCGAAACUACCGCCCAAGGAGUUAAAAGCCAUCAGGGCCAGCGGGCAGGAACUGACGGCUCCGGUGACGAUUCCCAUCUUUGCGUUUCUGGGGGAUACUACUACCAAAACGCUGGAGAGCGAGCCGAUGAAAGGGUGGUUGGAAAACGAUAAAUUGCCGGUUGUGAUUACUGAGUGCAGUUUCUUGUAUGAGGAGCAUAGAGCGCAGGCGGAGAAGACGAAGCAUACGAUUUGGGGGGAUUUGGAGAAGGUGGUGAGAAGGUAUCCCGGGACGACGUUUGUGGUGAUGCAUUUUAGCUUGAGGUAUAGUGUGGGACAGGUGAGGAGGUUUUUUAAGGAGAGGGCGGAGGGGUUGGCGAAUGUGGUGGUUUGGGUGGAUGGGGAGGGGGAGGAUGGGGAUGAUGUGGGCGGGGAGGGAGAGGUGGGGGAUGAGGAUUGA